CGGCCUGGCACACAGACACAUGCACACAGCUGAGUGGGCCGGUCCUUUCAACCCACCUGGGCUGUGUCACUGCAACUGGAACAGAGCGGGCUUAUCAUUAACUCCUGUAAAGGCAGCAGCGGCAGCGGCAGCAGGAAAGGCAGCUCGAACAAGCUUGAAAUCCCUGGCUAAUUAGCAGCUCCUGACAUGGCCAAUGACAGCACAGAAGAACUGCCAGCUGAAGAGACACCAGAGGCUGAAGAACAUAUAUAUGACAUAGUGAAAUGGCCUGACAAAGCAGAGCAGAAUCAGCGAAUGGCUCUGGAGGAGCUCUUCAACACAGAGACGGGCUAUGUACACAACCUUCAGCUGUGCAUUUCAGAUAUCCGUAACCACCUCCAGAAAAAGCAGCUGCCUGAAAUUGACCUGGAAGGAUUGUUCUCUAAUAUAGAUGAUGUCUUGUGUGUUUCCAAACGUUUCCUGAAAGGAAUUGAAGCUACAGUGAAUCAAGAGCAUGAACAGCUCUUUCACGUCUGCGCUUUAUUCAACGAGCUCAAAGAGGACAUGGAGACUGUCUAUAAGAUUUAUUGUGCCGACUAUGAUCAAGCUCUUCUGCUGCUGGAGAUCUACAGGAAGGACCCAAGACUGCAAAGAGAGAUUGUGGAUACCUUGACUACCACAGUACCUCACACAGCUGCUUCAGACCUGAGCUUCUUCCUGGUGAUGCCAGUGCAACGGAUCACAAAAUACCCACUGCUGCUGCAGAAGAUUUUGGAAAACACUCCCAACACUGACAGUGCCUAUGAAGCCCUUCAAGCUACAGCCAGAGCUAUGACAGACAUCAACACCAAUAUCAACGAGUACAAAAGGCACAAGGAAGUAGCAAAUAAAUACAACAAGGCCGGGUACCUGACCCUGCGGGAACGCUUGGCCCGCCUCAACGCACACUCCAUUGCCAAGAAGACCACGCGACUGAGCCGCCUCUUUAUGCAUGAGGCUGGAAUUGCAGCUAAGACAGAGGACAAGGAGUUUGAUGCACUGGAAGAAAAGUUCCAAUGGUUGGCAUCAGCUGUAACUGAUCUGAAAGAGAAUGUGGUGUCUUUCCUGAGCAAUUUAGAGGCGUUCCUCAGUUCUAAACCACAUGAGAAUGAGCUGGACAUAGGAGCAGGGACAUCCCAACAAUAUCGCCACCUUGCAGGAAGACUCCAUAGCACCGUCUUUCCUGAGUUUAAGGAACGGCUGGAACACCUGGUGUACCUUCCACUGUGCAACUUGGCAGAGACUCUGAAAGGGCCUCAAAAACUGAUCAAGAAGCGCUUGGACAAGCAGCUGGACUAUGAGGAAUUUGAAGAGAAGAGGAACGAAACAGGCAGUGUGACCUAUGAAGAGGAGGCUGCCAUGAAUACCUAUCUGGCCAUGAACUCCUUGCUUGUGUCUGAGCUCCCUAUAUUCAACCAUGUGGCCCUGCAAUGGCUAGGACAUAUUCUGCAUUCUUUUGUGGCUCUUCAGCGGGAUUUGGCAAAGAAAGCUCUCCAGGAGGCAGAAGGGGAGAUUGUCCAGCUGCCACAUGGGUACCUCCCUGCCACUGAUUUUUGGAAGAUGGUGAGGGAUACUUUAAGCAGGGCUGAAGAUCAGCUUGGCUCCUUCCACAAGAACUUUGAAACUACUUUGCAAAGCUCUGUUGUGCAGCCCCUUAGCCCUGCAGAGGAGAGGAAGGUCCUUUUGCUUGUGAGCAAACAUAGCCCAGAAAAGCUGUACCAGGUGACCAGCAACGUCAGCGGCAGCAAAGAUAUGGACUUGACCCUGCAGAAGGGGCAGAUUGUGGCUCUGUUGCAUGGCCAGGACACCAAGGGCAACGCUAACCGAUGGCUGGUGGACGCUGGAGGCCCGAGAGGCUAUGUCUCACCUGGGAAACUCCAACGAUAUCAUUUCACCCAAAGCCCAAAGCCCAGAAUGCAGAUGUUGGCCCAAGGGGAGGGCGCCGAGAAGAUACAUCAUUCCAACAACUUGCCCCAAACUCCCAGUCUCCCGGUACAUUACAGCAUACCAGCUUUACAGGUAAUAGCUGCUUAUGCAUUCACAGCCAGGAGCAGCCAUGAGGUCAGCUUGCAGGCAGGCCAGCCAGUGACUGUGUUGGAACCUCACGAUAAGAAGGGAAGCAAAGAGUGGAGCCUGGUGGAGGUGAAUGGACAGAGGGGCUAUGUGCCUUCCAGUUACUUGGCGAUGGUGCCGGUCCCAGAACCACCUGGGUGGAGCUCACCUGUUUGGCCAUUUCCAGCUCAGCAAACGUAGCUGCACGGAGAUGCUCAGUUUCAGAAGUCAGCUGUGCUUAACACUUCCCUGCCCUUUCCAUUUCUUCCAUGGGGCUUUGUCAUAUCAUGCAGUGAGCAAAGGGCAGGUGAGGGGACAGGAGGCCUGUGGAUUGGCGUCAGUGCCAAGGCUGGGUUCAUGCUGUGUACUUAUUGAAAAGAUGUGAAGGAAUAAUGGCUGCUCAUAGGGGCCUGGCUUUCUUCAUUGUGUUUUCUUGACCUAACACCACUGAUAAGAUUCUUUCACAAGUUAUGAAGGGGAAGGAUCUCAUAAGGACCAGAUUUGAGAUGUCUGCACCACUGACCUCGUGUGAUAAAUGGAUGUUCACAAACCAAAGGUUCCUGUGCAAUGUGUCAAGUGCAGGAGAGGGAUAGCAUGCUGAUGUAUCCAUUCCAGAAUAAUGAUCUCAAUCGCCAUCAGCAGGCGAGCUUCACAAAGAGGUCCUGAAUUCGAGGCCAAUCUCCUUUCCAAUUUACUGAAGUGAUGUUCUCCUUUUGGCUCUAUGUUGGUGGAGAAACAGCCACAGAAACAGGCUCAGUGUUUGCGACUGGUCUAUGGGGUCCACCUCCCAGGUUGCUAAAUCCUGGCCCUUUCUCUGGUGAUAAACCAAUUUUAAUAAACUAGACAAAGAUGCUGCAGGACUUGUUAGCUGUAGGUAGAAUCAUAAUGCAUUGACUAUGUUGCCCUGCUCUGAUAGGCAGGGUGAAAUAUUUGAAGCAUACCCAGAUAACAAAGUCAUGGAUGGGU